GCCCUGCGCAUGCGCAUCACACGGAUACGUGAGAAUGAAAACAUCCAUGAAAAACACUAAACACCAUCCAUCCUUCAUUGUUUCAUAGGUAAAUGUGCGCCAUGACCUUUUCGUUUCGCGAGGCCUGAGAGUUUGGCGAAUGUGCCGUGCUGAGGCUGCCCUUGCCCUGUGUCGCAGGGCGCGCGCAAGCUGCCUGCUGUGAGCGACUUUGUGGAGCACGCUGAGGCGAGCGAGGCGAUCGAAACGAGAACAGCUGAUCGUCUGGCCCGUGUCACUGUCGCCUGCUUUCUCGAAAGAUUGUUACAGAUGUGAAUAAAUAAUUGAAAACCAAAGGGAAGCAAUGAUGCAGGCCUUGCUGUCAUUGUGGUCGCAAUCCCCGCCCCAGCUCAAGUCUUUGUGCUUAAAGUACAUUGCCGAAAAUGUUGACAUUUUGAAAAGAAAAGAUGUUCAGUUACCUAUUGAAGUAUGGGAGUCGAUCAUCGAUAUGUACCAACGCCUCGGCUACACAGUGGACGAUCACUUGUUGGCUUGCACAAACUGUCACAUAAAGCGCCUCCAUCUUCGGAACGCAGAUGUCACAGAUGCUGGUCUGAUUGUUGUUCUGACACAACAGUUGGUUGAAUUGGACCUCCGAAAUUGUGACAGGCUCACUCCAAAUCUAAUUCAGUACCUCAACCAGUAUGGAGGAGAUUCGUUGCAGUCUUUGACUUUAGCAAAUAAUGGAAGUUUGCUGACAGGCAUGCCUGCACUGUGUAUUAGCAAUGGUAGCUUUGAUAUUAAACUUCGCAACUUGAAGAAGUUAAUUAUAAAUGACUUAAGUGGAUGUGAAACCAGACUUAAAUCUUUAAUUUCACCUGUACGAAACUUAACUCACCUUGAUUUAUCUAACUGCUGCAACCUGGGUGAUUUGUCGUACAUAACAGCUCUGGAAAACCUCACAUCACUUAUUUUGUAUAAUGUGAAAGAAAUGCAUUUUACAAUUCUAUCAGUGUGCAAGCUCAAAAACUUGAGACACUUGGACCUGUCACAACCAGUGCCCAAAGAGACCCCAAGAAUGUAUAAGCGCCCAGACUACUAUCUAGAUUUAAUCGUCACCUCCCUUCCUCACUUGUUAUCUCUCGACAUUUCGGGUUCCAAUCUGGCUGGGAAAGGUCCCGUUGCAAUGGCAAAAGAUGGAAUUUCUGAUAUACCUGGUUUAGUGUCAAGGGCAGGCAAUCCCCUCCAUUUUCUCGGUUUAUUCUACACUAGUCAUGCUGCUAGCACCAGACACCACAUCCCAGCAAAAGUGGUCUCAGGAGAUGCAAAUGAAGCGCAACUGCUAGUAGCUGCGUCAGCUUACAUGGAACGACCUCCCAUGUUGAAAAAUGUAUUGCAUGAAAUUUUCUUCAUCUUACGCAAUGAAAUGUUCAAUGAUUGGAAAGAGUGCUUACACACUGUCAUUCAAAUAAUGGACCGUCACUUAAAUGAUGAAAGCAUUCAAACAACUGGCAGUGCCUCCCUGUAUUACCUCAUGAAGCACCUGCAAAAGGGCCAGCACACUCAAACAAAGCAAAGACUCAUGUGGACCCUUUUGAAUGGAUUGGAGGCCCACGCUACAGCCACAAUGAUGAAGAACUGCUGUCUAAUCCUCACCCUCAUUUUGCGCUUUACUCCUCAUGAGCUAUUUUAUUUUGAACGUAUUGUCAAGUUGACGCUCUUAAGAGUGGAAACUGGUGACGGUCCAAUCCGUAGGAAUGGCAUUACUUUGCUUAACUCUAUUGCAGUCACAGUAGACAGUAAAGACAAAGAACUUAUGGGCGACUACGGAACUAUUCAUAGAAUGCUUGCUGUCAUAGAAUAUCAGUUGAAAAAACAACUCAGUGGAGAAAUUCUUGAUACAGCAUGGUCUACUAUGUGGAAUGCAACUGAUGAAACCCCUAAAAAUUGUCAACGGUUUUUGGAUGGGAAUGGCAUGGAUCUUUUCCUCCGAUGCUUAAGGGCAUUCCCCAAGAAAGAAGAAAUGAUACGCAACAUGUUGGGUCUGUUGGGUAAUGUUGCAGAGGUUAGUUGGUUGCGCCCUAAUCUCAUGAACAGCCGAUUUGUCCAGGAAAUAACGAAACUCUUGGAUUAUGAUGGCAUUGAGGUGAGCUACAAUGCUGCUGGUGUUCUUUCAAACAUGGCAUCAGAUGGGGAGGAGUUCUGGACUAUAGACGAUCCUUCUAGGGUUGAAGCUUUGAGAAGAAUGGUAUUCGCUAUUGAGUGCUGGGAUUUAAGUACUCAAAGGUUCAUUCACUAUCGUUCUUUUGAACCAAUCCUGGGCCUUCUGCAGAAGUCUCACACUCCAGAAUGCCAACAUUGGGCUGCAUGGGCACUUGCAAACCUCACAAGGGUUUACCCUGACAAAUAUUGUCCGUUGCUUGAAUCUGAAAAUGGUAUUCCUCUGUUGAGGCAUCUCUUGGAAACUGAUGUGAACGAGCGAGUAAAACUGCUCUGCCAGAUGGUCAUUGAUCAGUGUCAACAUCUUGGGAAAGGAUACAUCCCAAUGGAGGUGGAAGAAUAUGUUGAAGAAGAUGACAAUGGUGAUGAAGAUGUAGAUGAUAAUGAUGAUGGUGACAUGCAGCUGGAUGGCUAAACUUUUGGAGUGCAACAUCUUACCGUACUUCUCUCAAAGACUAACAUCUGUGUAUUACUUUAAAGCUGAAUGUCAACAUUGAUAAGUGAUGAUACCACUACCAACAUUGUUCACUGCUUGUUGAGUUCUUUCAGAAAAUGAGCUUGCCCGCCCGUUUUUUGAUUUAUUAUUUUUGAAGUUAAAUUAUGCAGGGCUUCUGUUUAAAUCUCAUGUUAUUUUUGUCUUAAAAUUUAGAAGCAUACUUAGAAGUAUGCAAAACACCACUAAAUUAGUCUAUUUAUGUGAUAAUAGAACAGCUGUCUAUUUAAUUGAUGAUAAUUGAGUUUGUUAGCUAUAACUUCCACCCCCAUUCCCUUGCGUACCCUUAUCCUAAACCCUCGUAUUAUGUAUGUAAUUUAUACACAUGGAUGUACUAACAGUUCAGGAGCUACUGGUUUGAUUAUGAAUUCUGAAGAUGAAUGAGAGUUUCCUUUAGCCUGUAGCCAAGCCUUUUCCCCUACAAAUUAAAAUAUAGAAAUCAUUGUCAGCUUGUAGCUUUUGUUAAAAAUACUGGUAUUAUGUUUGGUAACUUGUAUUGGCAUUUAUUUAAGUAAGUAGUAUUUAUUAUUUUGUCUUGCAGUUUCUCUAUUUUGUUUCUUUAUUAGUAUGUUUAACAUGAUUUGAAAUACCUUGUUUAUUGACAAUCUUUGCCCUCUUUCAAAGAAGAAUACAAAUUUGGUGAAAGGUUCUUUUAAUGUGUGCCAGAACACUAGUACUAAUGUACUUGAUCAAUCUGUUCUGCUUUGAGUUCAUCGUUAGCUUAGCAUGGAUAACAUGCGCUCAGUUUUGUCUGUGUCCAAAUAUAACAUUUGUGUCAAUUUUACUGUAAUUUUCCUCUGGCUAUGUUAAGAUGAUCUCAGGGGAGCAUGAAGCAUUAACAAUGGUGUGGUACACAUGUUCAAGGAAACAGACUUGAUUCUUUCCCUUGUGAUAUGUGACUUGUGGCACUCAUACAGUUGCUGGGUCUGAAAAAUUUUCCUUUGUCAUAUAAUUUCAGAAGAAAAUUGUUACUUUGUCAGAUGUUUAUAUAAAUAACCUACCUAUGAGUCUUUAUUUUUCUGGAUUUUUUAUUGUGAGGAUACUUUUCUCAUGUCUUGUGAUGUACUGGUCAACGUUAAAGCCAUGGCAAUACAGAAUGCUUUGCCUAAUCUUUUAUUUUGUAUACAAGUAGUGUGCAACUUUUUUCUGCAUAUCGGAAUAGCUUAUACCGUGUAAUGUAGAGUAGUUUUGCAAAACUUGUGAGUUUUCUCAAUAGUGAAGGUAGCCUGUUAAAUACAGACUAUUAAUUAAGAGUUUUAUAUUGAAGAUAUAGAUUGUGCUGUGAUUUCUGGUUUAUAAAUCUCUGAAUGGUUUCUGGGAUGGUGUGUUGCAUAUAGAUACCCCAUAUUGGGAUCAUGUAUAUUAAUGUAUAAAAGAUUAUAUUUCACUGUAGUGUUGACCUCAUCAUGAAAUAGUUUAUGUGCUCAUCAUAAAUCACUAUUAAAAGGAGCUCCUCCUGUUUAUUUUAAGUUACUUGUUUAAUUUAUCUACAUAUUCUAUGUAUGUAAGGUUGCACUGGCCUAUGCUUGCCCAACAUUAUUUCUGCUAUAAUGCCUUGUUCCCCUUAUUAAUCAUUACCUCUGCAUGAUUUUGGAUCGCUCAUUUGAAAAUUAUUUUGCCCCACUACUUUGGUGCUGCUAACUUUGGUAGAAAGUAACAGGAGUGUGGUUAUUGCAGGCAUUGACCUUCAAAUCUUAUUUUGCAGUAUUGAAAGUAUUGAAUCUGCGUACAGAUGCUCUGUCCAAACUUGAGAGGUGUUACUUUAGACUUCAGCUCAUCGAGCAUUAACGCUUAUGACUUUUCUGAUUGCUUCAAGGUAUAAGUUUGUUAGUUGCAAUGGUUGGUAUGAUAUUGAACAUCAAAGUGUCAAUUGGUUUCCCAGAAAAUAUGUUUUUUGUUUUCUAGUUUGAACGUCAGAGACAGUUUGAAAGUAAUAAGAAUUUUGUUUUGAGUUUAAUAUCUUUAUUUUCAAGUUCUGAUAUUUUGUAACAUUCAUUACUCUUCACAACUUCCAUAACUUCAAUGUACAAUUGACGUAUAUUAAUGUAGUCUGACUAAAGUAAAUUCAGUCACUUUGGAAUUGCAUCUUGUAUUGUUAGUUUUGAGUAUUUAAAAUUUUUUGUAAGCUUUUAUUACACUGGCAAGAUUUAAGAUAUAUGAAAGUGUGCAUUACAUUUCUGAUUUUGCUGACUUUUGAAAACUACUUUAGAGACAUAGGAAGAACCUAAUUUUGAAGCUUAAUUGAUAGCAAUAUAUUUACAUAGAAAUGUUUGACGUAUUCUUUGAACUUGAUUAAUGCUGGAUAUAAUCCUCAACUUCUGCAGACAUUGUGUUUUCCUGUGUUUAUUUCUGUGAUAAGCUUAACUGCGUAGGUUUCUUCACUAUGGCAUUUUUGCCCCUUUUUGACUUCCUUUUGCCAUACACUAACACCUUGCGGUAAUUUUUUUGUCAUUUUUUAGUUUCCUGCUCCACAGUGGUAAGGAGAAUAAUUGUGUUGUACCGUUUUCUCAAUCCUUCCAGAAAGCUUUAAUAAAGAGUAAAUAAAGUCUAUGAUUGAAAUUGAAAAAGUUA